AUGAAUACUCGCGAUACAGUAAAGCGAUACGGUUGUUCAAUGUGCGAUAGGUCGUAUAGUCGAAACUACGACUUGAAGAGGCAUCAAAGAGAUGUACACCCUGAAAUGCAAGAUCAUGGAGAUGUUACUGAAAAUGAUUGCAAUGAAGAUUCUAGCAUUGUUGGAGAAAGCUAUGAUGAAAACACUGACACGAGUGAUUCUGAUACAGAGGAAGAAGAGGAAUCUACAAAUACAGAGAUUCCUGACGAAGACGAACCAGCAGACAACCUGGCGUAUCAAGAAUGGUAUGAGGAGGCGAUGGCAGCUACCGAACAACUGAGGGACGAAAAGUACGAUAAAUAUAUAUCCAAGGGAAUGGGUGAUGAAGAAGCUAAAGAAAAGGCUCACGUGAAAGUACUGUGGGCUAUUAAACGCAUCUUUUUUGACCGCUACUCCAGUUUCUUAAGGCACAACUUAUUUCUUGAAGAAGACCAAACCAAUCAGGAAAUCAUAUCCGAUGUCAACGAAAGAGCUGGGCAAUGGCAGAUCAAUGUCAGCGGAGUAGAGAUUGUGGACCAUGUCAGUGUCUCAGUUACAUCUAAACCUUCUAGUGAUGACCUUACGCCAGUCACGGUGAAUGUUCUGUUAAAAUCAUAUGAGGUGAACUUUUUGGGGGGGCAACGAGUCGAAGGUAUAUAUGCUCAGGUUCAACAGAAUUAUCUUCCUGUACUCAAUGCCGAGGUCACCGCUAGCAUUUCGGAUAGCGCUCAAACGCACUCUGUGGAAUUAUUGGACAACGGGAAAGAUCCGGACAUACUCAAAGACGAUGGGACCUAUUCAACGUCAUUUCAAGAAAUCACAACUAACGGCAGAUAUAGCGUUAAAGUCGAUGCAAUAGGAUUCGAAAAAUUUAAUCAUUCAGUUGAAACCAACGGAACGAUAAAAGACACAGUAAAAAGAUCAGCUGAAUCUGACACCAUCGAUACCGCAGCAGUGCCAUCAUUCAUGCGUACAGUAUCAGGAGGGGUCUUCAAAGUUAUAGGCUACACGCCGAACGCUCCGGACAUCCUGCCACCUUCCCGCAUCCAGGACCUGGUGUAUACCUCAUUCUCCUAUCAUAACGGCUCUGUGACACUCAGCUGGACUGCUGUAGGAGAUAACCUACACCAAGGAAUGGCACACAGUUACGAACUCCGCUAUUCAACGAACUUCACGUCUAUUCGAACGAAUUUCAGCAAUUGCGAUGAGAUCACGCAAGAUGAACUGGUCCACGGGAACAUCUCCAACAUCAACCCGCCAGGGGUUACCGAAACCAUCACUGUUACUCUUCCCGAAAGUGGGCAGGAUCGUCUGUACUAUUUCGCAAUAAGGGCUUGGGACGAGGCCGGGAAUGUAGGGGAUUUGUCCAACAUCGUAUCCUUGUUCUUCAUCCGUCCUUUACCGGUGUCCACAGAAGCAACCACAGAAGGUACUCUGUCCACUGAACAAACCACCAAUCAAACUGAACCAGGUGAUCUGUCAACUGAAACAAUUUCGUCGGAGGAGUUGACCACGCGUCAAACUACGCCAGAUCAAGAGAGGAACCCAGAAGAACCAAACAAAACGGCCAUGAUUAUCGGCCUGUCAUGUGCGGGGGGUGUGGUCGUACUUGUUCUGGGUGUCAUCCUAUGCAUCUACUACCGGAAGACGCAUGUGGCGGAUAUGAAAUCCCAAUCUACGGAUUUAGUACAGGACAACUUCCAAGGGGUCCAGGUGGUACGAUACACCGCAACCUACGACAAUCCUGCUUACUCUACUAAUUGAUUUACGCUCCAACUUACCUUAAUGGAAAGAAUGAAUCAACUGAUGCAACUAAGAACACGUGAUAUUAAUAAAUAGCAUGAAUUAAUAACUCCAGAUAUGAUAGUAACAAGCCAAUCCAACUUAAAACAGAAUAAUUUCAUUCCAGUCAAAAAAUGAAUUCCCUUUUGAUUUAGAUCAUUCACUAACUAUUCUCCAUACCCCAUCCCGACAACAUCAUGACUAUAGCAGUAUAGCUACAAGAGUAGGCCUAUGUUAAAUGACGUUCCUUUUGUCGAUUAGAUAAAUUCACUCUUGUUGAGCAUUAUUAUUGAAAACCCAACCAAAGUGCUAAUCUGACUUCAAAUAACGGAAACAUAAAAGUACUUGAAGUAACAAUAAGAUGUACUGUGAAACUUCACGCUA